UUUCACAGCUAUAUAUCACUAUUUUCAGCUAUCACGAGACGUGUUUCAAAACAACUUAUUAUGGUUACUAUCGUUGUCACAGUUUUGUGCCUUUUGAUCACUUUGAGCUCGGUCAGAAGCGGACCACCAUAUGUAGGCAAUGUGAUGAACAUUUUCGAAAUGCCUGGACAAGGAGGCGCCCCAUAUGAAGAUCCAGGAGCAGAAAGAGGUCGUGCGUUGGAUGAAAAUCCCGACUUACUUGAACUUCCAAGUUUCGAAGAUAAAAGUGAAAAGAUGUCAUAUUACGGAUUACCAUAUUUCGAAGUAAAGCCUGGAGAUUCGCUUGAGAUUACUGAUCGACGACGAGGCUUCAACGAACCACGAGAAUGGAAUGAAUCUCCUAUACAGAAAGGUUAAAAUCCAAAAAAAAAAAAUACGGAAAAAAAAAAUCGUUCUUGGAAAAUUGACUCGUAGUAUUUUAUCUCCACAAUUGACGAAUAUGAUCAAUCUAUAGAACACCAAGAACUGUCCUCUGAAACCCGUGGACGUAAAUAAAGAAAAUGAUAAAUAACAUAGCGAAUUAUUCAAAAUACCAAGUGUUCCAAAAUAUUACCAAGUUGAUGUCUUACGAGUUUUUGCUUCGUUAAUAUCCAUAGACUUAUGUAAAUGUAUUUAUGAUUGAAUAAACCUGUGUGAAUUUUUUAA